CAAGCAAAAGGCGCUCAUGCAUUAAAAGAUUUAUUUGUGCUUUGUGGAUAAUAAACUGAACUAAAUGUUAGGUGAACCAAUAGACAAUACAAUAAUACAUUUCAUGUAAAGUUCAAGACAUCGUGGUUUAAAACCCAUCGGAUCUAGAGUUAUGUUAUUACAAAAUAUUUCACGAUCGUGGUAAUACACCUUAACUUGGUGAAUCUACGCUUUAAGAUAACAAAUAGCUAUGUUUUAUAAGUUUCGAUUGCUUGAAUAUACUUAACAAUAGUAAAAGAAAGGCAUAAUAAGUAAAAGGACUAAAAGAUGUCACAACAAACAGCUCUUGUACAGACUACCAAUGCAGGUUCUGACAUAACACCUGUACUUGGUAGUUUACAAUCUAUAGGGCCUAAUACUCAGGCAUCAUCUAAUGUUCCUAAUAUACAGAGUGGCAAUACAGUAGUACAGAUAUUACAGCCUCAGACACAGUCUCAACAGGCACAAUUUGUAACACAAUCUCCAAAACAACAGGUAGUGCAGCAAUCAUCUACGCAACAGCAACAACAAUCGCAACACCAAAGUUCUUUUAAUGAUUUUCCUCAAUUUUUGACUAAAACCCGAUUACAAGAUCUUGUGAAAGAGGUGGAUCCCACUGAACAGCUAGACGAAGAAGUAGAAGAAAUGCUUUUACAGUUGGCAGAUGAUUUUGUGGAAACAACUGUAAAUGCAGCAUGUUUAUUGGCUAAGCAUCGUCAUGCUAACACUGUAGAAGUAAAAGAUGUACAAUUACAUUUAGAAAGAAAUUGGAAUAUGUGGAUCCCUGGUUUUGGUACAGAUGAAGUACGCCCAUAUAAGCGAGCAACAGUUACAGAGGCACAUAAACAAAGAUUGGCUCUUAUAAGAAAAUCAAUCAAAAAAUAUUAGUCUUCCAAUAUUUUUCAUCUUACGUUGUUAUUUUGACAUUAAGUGUCACUUUUUUAAUAUUUUCGUGACUAUAUACUUAAGAUAUGCAUCACUGAUAUUUGUAAAAGAAUGAAAAUUAUAAAUAUAUACAUAGUUUUUAUAACAUAUAAUUUCAAGUAUGAGAUAAUUUAGAGAUUAAAUUAAAAUAUUACUAAUAAUAAAAACAAUAGCAAUACAGUGUACUUUUAAUGAUAAAUUUACUUAUUAUCUAUUA